AAGUAUGAGACCAACGACCGACUAACUUAACAACAGAAUAAAACAACAUGGACGUGGGCUGUGUUCCUCUCGGGUUGUUGCUGGCGGGGGUUUCUGCAACUUGUGUCAUCGCUAGCCAGAUCUACGUGGAUGAUUUUGAUACUGACGAAAGCAAUAAGGCUGCAGGGGCAGAUCGAUUGAACGAUAUUGACAUUCGCGUGGCUGUACUGGAAAGAAAGCUUGCGACGUUGCAGACUGAAUGUGGCCAACCUCCUGCCAAAGACGGAGCAGUGGUUGUGCAUACAUCCACACAAUUCAACGGCGUGGCCAAGUACACAUGCAGAGAAGGAACCACGCCCACAGGUCCAGAUCUAGAGAUUGUUGUUUCACUGUGUACGAAGUCAGGCCUUUGGACACCGUUGGACCUGAAAUGUUGUAACGUGUCCAACACUGAAACAAAAUGGCACAGUAGAGGGGUGUACCUUGGCACCGUAGCUACGAGCGUGACCGGCAAGACGUGUCAGAGAUGGAAGGCCCAGGUGCCGCACGAACACCGCUUCAAGGGGCCCAUCUUGAAGAGCCCUAGCGGCUUUGCUUCGGAGACUCUGGACGAGGCUGUCAACUACUGCCGUGACCCCAGCGACGCCGGAUUUAUGUGGUGCUACACAAUGGAUCCACGGUCACGCUGGGAAAAAUGUGAUGUCCCCAAAUGUUGACAGUUUUGUUUCAUGUUACGCCUGAUACGCAUGUGGCUGUUGGAAACAACAUAAGCGUAUGCAAAAA